GAUAGCAGAAAAGACAAGGAGAGAGAAAGAGGAGGAGGGUAGUUUCUUGCAGCCUGAGCAUUUGGCUGAAGGGUGGAGACUCAGAGCAGCAGUGAGGAGGGAGGCAGGGAGGAUCUCAGCUGGAGCAGAGAGAGAGAGGGAGAGGCAUACAGAGAGGAGUGUGUGUGGAUGAACUCGCCUGCCUCGCUGACUGACUGACUGUGUGUGUUUGUGUGUGACAGAAAGAGAGAAGGACGCGUGGAUACUACUCCACAGGACUGGAUGUGUUUGGCGUCACGGAAAGAGACCACACAUACAACCAAAAAAAAAGAGAGUUGGGCGGACACAAAGUGCUGACUGAACUGCAGGCAGACACCAGGGCAGAGUGUGGAGGAGUAAGCAGACAAGGCAGAGCACACGAGACCUGACAGACAGCGCCCAUGGCGAGCAAUAACACGGCCAGCAUCGCACAAGCCAGGAAGCUGGUGGAGCAGCUGAAGAUGGAGGCCAACAUCGACAGGAUAAAGGUGUCAAAAGCAGCGGCAGACUUAAUGUCAUACUGCGAAGCCCACGCCAAAGAGGACCCUCUGUUAUCGCCAGUGCCAGCAUCAGAGAACCCGUUCAGGGAGAAGAAGUUCUUCUGUGCCAUCCUGUAAACUCGGCAUGGCCCCUCAGCCGUCCGCUCAGAGUGGGACUUUGAACGUGGACGUUCAAAAUAAGUAGAAAUCUUCUAGUAGGAGGGCGCUGCAAUUUAUUGCCCCUCUUGUUCUCGAACGGCACCUAAAGCGUGCACAAAUUAAAACCCACAGAGUUUACAUGUAACCAUUAAAGGGGGUUGUGAUUGUGAUUUUUUGAGGGGUGUUGCAGCAUGUUGAAGGGGUCUGUGCUUUUAGAUGACACGAAACGGAUGAUGAUGAGUGUGAUGAUGAGACGUGACGGACAACCAGUCAACCUUCCGAGUCUUCAGGUUGUGAUGUGUACAAAACAAAAAAAAUAGAUAAAAUGAGAAUAAAAAUAUUUUGUGGUUCUUUUUGGGACUUCCUGUUAAAUGGUUUGUUGGUGGGUCGAGCGCCGUAGGACAGCAAAUUAAAAAAUACGCCUACCACUAGACGCCACCUGAUUAUUGGAAUGUUUUUUUAAGUUGUUUUAUGUUUAUUUCAACUUUACCUAUCACCUAGAUAUCUUUCUAUAUCUGUACGUGAAACAGCUCUUUUUUGUUUUUACACCAACAGGUUAGUGAAAGCUUUUUUAACAGGAUGUUUGAAACAUUCGACUCUUCUGUGAUUCUUCUUCACAAAAUACCUGUCUGAAAAUCAGUCUCUGUGUAUCGACAUCUAUCUGGCAAAUGUGAUGCAGUUUGUCUCCUUCAGAUACAAAACCCUCUUUCUACUGUUUGUAUAAAAUGACUAGCAAGUAAACUGUGCUGUGCUGUGAGUUCUGAAUGUUUGUGUUUGUAUCAUUAACUAUUGCAUGAAACGGACUUCUCUAUUUCUUUUCUUGUGGAGAUUGUAUGAAACGGGGCGGCCUCCAUCUGGAAGUGCCAAAACAUAUUAAAAAGAAGAAUGAUUCAA